CCAAAGAGGAGGCUGGGAUCGUUCGUGCAGAGCCCGCUCGACUGAUCGAAGAUGAGCCAUGUGUCGACACAAACGUGUCCGAGCAGCCACCUGUGAGUGGCGUUGAAGGUGCCUUUGAGGCCAUUCUAGUCAAUGUCGUGCCAGAACUCCCGAUCGAUGACAAUCAAAGCAAAGUCGAGAAGAACAGCGAAGACCUGGACAAGCCCAGCGAGAAGACCAUACGCGAUAAGACGGAGGACGAAACGUACCAGGCUUCUCUCUGUUACAUUGACCCCGAGUUGCCAAGCCCAGUGGAGAAAGAUGGUGACGCGGACAACACUUGCCCGGAUCUUAUGCGUCCGGAGGACACCCUAAGUGAGUCGCUGCCGGCCUUUGUCCGGGAGCCGGUGCCAGCGGUGUGGAGGAGAGCGUCGGUCGAUCGUCAGGUGGGGAAGUUCAACAUCACAUGCAUCAUUCGACCGAACGAGGCGCACUUGCAUGGCUCCGAGACCCGAGUUACCCUCCGAGGCAGACGGACAGGAAGUGGCUCAACUUGGAGAACUACACCAUCAUGCCACCGCCCCAAUCUCCGGAAAGUGUCAGGAAGAACACCGCGGAGAGUGACCUGGGGUCGAAGACCACCGUGUACCUGACACCGAGGUCACCACCGAACGCUCGUCAGGAGCUGGUGGCCCUGCGGUGUGUCAGGAACAGUGAGGACGACAGCAGUCUCACCUACCUGCCAGAGCUGAGAGAUCUAACACCGGACAUAGGCGACGGGGAGAAGAGCUUUCAUUGGAACGGCAGGAGCAAAGAGGUCGAUAAAUCCACGGUGCCUCACUUACAUUCCCAGCCUCCACUAGCUGAUGUGAAGAAAAAGCGGCUAGCGUAUGAAAACGGUAGCUCAGCAGCGCAUAAAGAGCUUCGGAAGGUGACGCCGCCACAUAAUGCCAACUUAGAGGAGCGAAAACAAAAGCUUCUUGGAAGCACCACAGACAUCGUGUCCAAAGUGAAACAGCCGGUAGCCGAGCCGGGCAAAGUCGGUCGCCUUCGCGCCAUGUUUGAGCAGAUGGACGCAGCAGCAGCCAGGGCACCGGGACGAGACGAAACGCUCCGGGACUCCCGCCGCUUCAAGAGCAUGAUGAACGUGACUGCGCCUUCGACGACGGGCCGAAGCAGUCGUCUGGAGGAGCCAACUCUGAAAGAACGCAGUCGCAGCACUGCUGCCCUUCACCGAGCGCCAUCGGGUGGGCUCGGAGCUGAGCUGUCGGUCGCCCCAGAGUCUGUGAAGGAGCGUAGUCGUAGCACAGUCAACCUGAACCACCGAGAAGGCGAUGAGAAGCCUUCCUGGGACGCCGUAGACUCCGGAUCGAUCAAACAUCGCAGCCGAAGUACGGUGGGGCUCAAUGGAACCUCGUCUGCGUCACCCAGAGCCGGGCUUUCCGCUGCGCCGGACUCAGUCAAAGAGCGGAGUCGCAGCGCUGCCACUCUACACAGCCAGAGAAGGCUGACAAGGGCGAAGCUGGACGCCAUCCGGCGCUACUUCGAGGGCCUGCAGGACGGCGACAUCACCGCAGGCGACGACAUGGACAUGCUGGACGACGCCCUGGUGCCCGACCGCGGCUACAACCGCUCGCUGCCGCGCCUGGACGCCAGCGCCUCCGACCGGCGACCGCCUCUGACGGACCUCUUCACCGAGCCGGAGCGCGGCACGCGGUCACUGAACCGGUCGGCGAGCUCGCCUCUGGUGAGCGCCGAGGGUGCCGGCGGCGCGGCCACCCUGCUGGACCAG